CCUGCUUUGCCAAAAGAACUUUCCUCUCUGCUCAAUGGCUAACCAAAUUCUUAAACCCCAUGUCCUUUCCACAACUCCAAAACCCCUCCUUCCUCUCUCUUCCUUCUCCUCCUCCGCCUUCUCCACCACCUCUUCUCCGCCGUCCGAUCAAUCCGACCCAGUCUCCGCCGUCACUUCCAUUCUCAUCCAUCAUCGCUCCAAGUCCCGCUGGUCCACCGUCCUCACUCUCUUCCCCUCCGGUUUCACCCCUUCUCAGUUCUCCCAAAUCACCCUCCAACUCAAAAAUAAUCCCCACCUUGCCCUCCGCUUCUUUCUCUUCACCAAACAAAAUUCCCUCUGUCACCACAACCUCUCCUCCUAUUCCACCAUAAUUCACAUCCUCUCUCGUGCUCGACUCAAAACCCGUGCCCGGGAACUCAUCCGACUCGCGAUUCGGACCCCAGGUAUUGAAAAGGAACCCACUCAUUUUAUACUAUUUGAAUCGUUAGUUAAAACUUAUAAUGAGUGCGGUUCUGCCCCGUUUGUUUUCGAUUUGUUGGUAAAAUCUUGUUUGCAAAUGAAAAGGCUUGACGGGUCUAUUGAGAUUGUUAGAAUGUUAAUGUCUAGAGGUAUUAGCCCCCAGGUUAGUACCUGUAAUGCUUUGAUUUCAGAGUUUUCGAAAUUUCAUGGAGCAAAUAAGGGUUAUGAGGUUUAUAAAGAGGUUUUUGGAGUAGGUAAUGCUGAGAGUGACUGUAAUAAGAAAAGGGUUUUUAAGGUCCGGCCAAAUGUGCAUACUUUUAAUGCUUUGAUGCUCUGUUUUUAUCACGAAGGGUUGUUGGACAAAGCGAGAGAGGUUUGGUGUGAAAUGGAAAGCUUAGGAUGUGCCCCAAAUAGUUAUAGUUAUAGCGUUUUAGUGGCAGUUUGUGAUGAAGGGAAGGUGAGAGAAGCAGAGGACUUAUGGGCGGAAAUUAAAGUUCAGGGAUUAGAGCCUGAUGUUGUGGCAUACAAUACGAUGAUCGGUGGAUUAUGUAAAAGUGGAGAGAUUACGAGAGCUGAAGAGUUGUUCACAGAAAUGGGAUUGAAUGGAAUAAAGGCAACUUGUGUUACUUGAAAUCUUAUUAAUGGAUAUUGUAAAAUUGCAGAUAUUGAUUCGGCUAUGUUGAUAUACAGGGAUAUGUGUAGGAAAGACUUUAGGCCACAGAGGUUAACUGUCGAACUGUUGAUUAGAGGGAUUUGUGAUAAAGGUAUGGUACUCAAAGCUUUUGAGAUAAUGAAAGCGGUAAGAGAAUUUGGUGUUUGUCCGACAGGGACAAGUUACGAGCUUUUAGUAAAAGGUUUGUGUGCGGAGGGAAAGAUAGAGGAAGCGCUAAAGCUUCAAGCAGAGAUGGUGGGGAAAGGGUUCAAGCCGAAUCUGGAGAUAUAUAAUUCUUUUAUAGAUGGUUAUUUGAGACAGGGAAAUGAGGAAAUGGUAGCAAUGUUGAGAAAGGAGGUUUUAGAGACUCAAAAAGGGGAGAAUUAGAAGUCUACCAUCUUACAAGUGGAAGCAGACCUGUUUGAAUACUGAUGGUCAUUUGUUGAGAGAAAUUUUGGUUUCAUGUAAAAACGGAUAUCUUCCUACUUUGAUGGAACUUGUAUGUUAAAUUCUUAGCAAUGUGGCGAUGAAGAUGGAAGCAGGUCUGUGCUGCUAUCGCGAUUGAAGUAAUAAAGCAGUUGAUGGAGGUAUUCGCAGCUUUAUGAUAGAUACAUGGUGUUGAGAGUGUGAGGCAUCGGUUUGCGUCUCUUGUAGUUCUCUGAAAUGUAUCAUUGAUGCUGAGCUUUGUUUUAUUUUUACAACAAGAACAUAGAGAUUUAAGCUCUUGUUUUGUUUCUGAAAUUUGAAAAGAUUAACUUGGAAGGGUAGACAGUCCUAUUCUGCCAGAGUUCCAAAGAACCAAGUAUAUGUUCAAUGGUUCAUUUCCCGACAUGGAUCCGUUAAGUGGCUUGAAAAUUGGUUAAAUAUACCAUCUUUUACCUGAUGUACCGGCUUUUGUAAUCCACAGGGUAUCUAAGCUCUAAAUGCAGGCAAAUCGGAGAAUCCCUUCCCUGCUCGUGAUGGAAAAGACCAAGCCGUUAAGCACUUCAUUUUACGGUCCUAAUCUGGCUCGAGUUUUUUUUUUGGUUUUUCCAUCUCAGAUCCAUUUUCAACCCCAUCAAAGGAUCAGCAUGGUAAUCUGCUCUCAAAGCAUAGGAUACAUGAUUUAGUUAAUUAUAAUCUUCACCAUGGUACCAGACAGAGAAUUCUAGAUUUCAAUAUCUCCAAUGUCCAAAUUGUUCACUUUAGUUUGUGAUUGUGUGAUUCAAUGUACAGUAGUGGCUCCAAAAAGCCUCUUAGUAAUCUAUAUUUACCUUGAGAUGCUACAAUUAUAGUGGAAAACCAACAAAUUCCCAGA